AUGCAGACUGUCGGCGACAGAGGGAAAACUCAUCCGAGGUCAAAGUCAGCAGAACUUAAGGGCCUCAUUGAUCAAGAAGAGUUUACCCUUCGUAAACGUCUGCCGCAUAAAUUACCAAAACGCAAAAAUGAUGUUUACGUGAGUCGGAAAACCAACUAUAAAAGUCAGCUUGAAAGAUGCAAAAAGAUACUGGACUUGGAAAAUGAAGUUUAUAUUCAUGGAUUAGGUGCUGCGAUUACUAGAGCUGCAAAUCUGGCAUUGACAGUUCAGGCAGCAGGACGAGGUAGUAUAGCCAUUGCUACUCAUACAUCCACUGUGGAACUGGUGGAUGAUCUAGAGCCUGACAAGGAUGACAACGAACCAGACACGUUUUCACGGAACAAUUCUGCAAUUCAUAUAAAAGUGUACAAAGUCGAAAGUGCUGGUUUAGAGACCCCAGGUGAAGAUCCCCCACACUGACACACAAAGUGUGUGUGAUAAUACAUCACAGGAUUUUAGAUAUGAACCGACAUACUAUUUGUUAGUGUAGCAAGCUCAGCUAUGAUGGGCAAAUUAUGAUUUUCAUGGUCAAUACCUAACAAUACAGAAUACUGAUAUACUGCAGUAGGUAGUAAUUGAAAAAAGUUAUCCCACACAUUUAUGAAAUUUAGUGACUUUGAACCAAUGAUUUAAUAUACUGAUGAACUGGAAUACAAAACGAUUGUGUCUUGAUGGUCUAACUAUGUAUGUUAGAUCUACUGAUCUGUACUCAUAUAGGUACAGAGAUUGUCAAGAUGUUGCUUGUCCAGCUAUAUGUGGAAAAAUUCAUUUUUGUGUUCAUCUCUUCAAAGAUGUUAACUGCUUUCUAAUGUUGCGUAAAUUUCUAGGACCCUUGUAAAGGUCAGAGUUAAAUGAAGGUCAUCAGAAGGUUAUUUUAAAGAGUUUUGUAAUCUAGUCAAAUUACCUAUUCAAAUUAAUAAUUUGUUGCAGUAUAGAAAUUGUAUGAAACUUAAUACAAUCAUGGACUUAUACUUAGUUAUAUCUAAGUCUAUGACAUUAUUUUGGAGUGAAAUGAUGGAAGCCGGAUUGUGUAAUGUCAGGUUGUUUUGUCAUGUGCUCAAUAUUGAUCACAAUCAACAGUUGACCAUUUGUUAUCUGCCAGAUAAAAACGUAUUAAAGAUUUAUACUCAAAAAACCAUA